GCCAUCACACCGGCUAAAUAAAACACCCAAGUCAUUGUGUUGUCCUCCUCCGGCCGAGCCAGGGACGCUCCGAGAUGCAGCGCCUCCUCCUCCUCAUUCUGACCUCCCUCCUCGCGGUGUGCACGGGAUCCGGGGAUUGGUGCUACCAGCCCCAUUACACCUGUGAGCCUCAAUGUAACGCACCAGAGAAGUGGGACCAUGCCAACAGAGGAUGUUCUGGAAAAGCCCAGUCCCCAAUAAACAUCGUUACCAGGAAGACUCUUAAAGAUGACCGUCUGACUGCUUUUCACUUCAGCAACUACCAGCACUUCUUCACUGGCAGCAUCAUCAACAACGGCCACUCGGCUCAGGUUGGGGUCACCCACCUGGCCACCAUCGCAGGUGGAGACUUGGGGGUGGACUACAAGGUGGUGCAGUUCCACUUUCACUGGGGCAACAGUGGAGGUCCAGGCUCGGAGCAUACCAUCGAUGGAGAACGGUACCCCAUGGAGCUUCACAUCGUUCACAUGAAGCAAAAGUACACCGACAUAAAAACUGCACUGUCCGAUCCAACCGGGAUUGCAGUCCUCGGGUUUUUGUAUGAGGAGUCGAGCAGCGCUAACAGGAAGUAUGAGCCGAUCAUAAGCGCCCUAAAAAGCAUCAAAGCUAAAAAUGGGAACACCACUCUGCGUUCAAUCUCGCUGGGGGACUUGAUCCCACCUCAGCAUAACCUGACCAACUACUACCGCUACAAGGGCUCGCUGACCACCCCUCCGUGCUCUGAGGCCGUGGUCUGGACGGUGUUUGAGAACCCCAUCCCGCUGAGCAAGGAGCAGCUGAAGGCGUUCUCCGAGCUCCAGUUUCAUGAUGGUAAAGCGAUGGUGGACAACUUCCGGCCAGUGCAGCCGCUGAACGCUCGCAGGGUGUACCGGUCCGGGGGCACUGCGGUCCUGGCCAGCGUCGCCAUCCUCCUGGCCUCUGUGACCACAGCCUUGGGACUGUCCCACCCAAACUAGAGGAACACAUCCUCCGGCUGACGUGCACACCCAUGAAUGCAAUAAGUUCUCUGGAACACUUUAUCUGAAACCACUCUGUAGCACAUUCAUAGCAUGGUCUGGUGACGUAGCACAUUCAUAGCAUGGUCUGGUGACGUAGCAGUGCAGACGUGAACGGCCCUGUGCUUGCUCUUAUGAACACACAUGACCAAGGUGUUUGGUGAACACCUUACGAAAGAUGCCCUAAGGGUUGCGUCAGUAUGGGUGCAUGUGUCAUGAAGCUUUUGUGUAGCGCUCCUUCCAGCAUCAUGAAUGUGCUAUAAACCUGGUUUCACACAAAGUCUUACCAAGCACAUGUUUUUAACUAAACAAUAUAGCUACUGACUCAACAACUACCCCAACAGCCAUGCCCUAACCUUUGACAGCAUGAGCAUAAACACCAGCAUACCAUUAUAAUAGCGCAGCAGGAACUGAGGAACCUCAUCCUCCUUGUCCAAACCUGGCUUCAGAUGAUGACCGUCUCAUCAGGGUGAACCAUGGCGUUGUGUUUGUUUUGGUUUCUGAGGGCGCACAGCGGGCUGGCAUGUGCUGUGUGUGUCUUAACGGGACACGAGAAUGGCAAGUUGCUAUUAAUAGUAGACCUGAGUCAUAAAUGAGCUCCACUUUCACACCAACGGUCAAAGGAGUCAGUAGCUUGGCCUCGUCUCUGUCGAGUUCGGGAACACACAGUGCCACUGUCAGGGGACCAUACACGGCCUGUCAGGUCAACAUUUAGC